AUGGAGCCAUCAAAACAGGAACAUACAGUGACAUCGUUGCUGUCAAUGCUUUCUACCAUUAGUGUACCGACUCAAUCCCAGCCGAGUCCUCCAUCACAACCUCAAUCCAACACUGUUGAUUUGGGAUUGGGUGCCUUUACUCCAAACAUGGUCGAGGAUGUGCGACGUACAUUUCUAAAUCAGCAGUUUCAGCAACCACAAUUGUAUUCUACGCAAGGACAAGCUAGCAAUCAGCACCUUAAUCUACCCGGUCUUGACUCGUUUUUUCAACAGUUUGGCCAACAACCUGCGCAACAGGACCAACCAGGUCAAUCAUAUCAAAAUGGCUAUUCCAAUCAGCAUCAAAAUGGCUAUUCCAAUCAGCAUCAAAAUGGGUCUGAAAAGUAUCCACCCUAUUCUAAAUUUCAAGAUCUUGUGAAUGAUUUACGUUAUAAACAAAGUGAAACAGAACGGGCAUUGUUAGAAGAGCGAGCAAAGUAUAUUGAGAUGCAGGAGAAUAAACGACGAGAGCUUGACGCACAAGAGAUUAUUGGAAAAAUCACUGAAAAGGAAAUCAAAGAUAAGGAGGCUAUAUUUGUACAGGAGCUGCGUAAAUUUGACGCAGGAGUAUUUCGAAGGAUGGAAGAGACUCGACGGAAACAGCAGGCUUUAAUGCAACAGGCAGGUAUGCCCGGAUUUGAAGUCACGGACGAUCCAUCUAAAAUUACAUCGCAGAUCUGGUGUUUAGCACCGUUUUUGCUGGCCGAAUCGCACAGGCCAUCAUGGUAG